AUGGACAAGGAUUUUCCGAUUGGACUUGACAAUCUAGGAUUCCAAAAAGGACCAAAAGACUUAGAAAAGGCUUCAUCUACAAAAAAUGAUACAAGUCGAACUAGUAGCGAUACAGAUUGUCAAGAAAAGACGCAAGAACGUUCACAAUGGGGAAACAGUACAGAAUUUUUAAUGUCUUGUAUUGCCAUGUCUGUAGGAUUAGGAAAUAUUUGGAGGUUUCCAUUUAUUGCUAAUAAAAAUGGAGGAGGUGCGUUUUUAAUACCGUAUUUAAUUAUUUUGACUCUGAUUGGAAGACCAAUGUACUAUAUGGAAAUGGCAUUAGGGCAGUUUUCAAGCAGAGGCUCUAUCAAAAUGUAUACAAAAUUAUCACCCGUUCUGAAAGGAAUUGGUUAUGGUCAAAUCAUUGGAAGUUUUUGCGUCGCCUCAUAUUAUUGUAUAAUUAUGGCGAUAACUCUAGUUUAUUUAUUUAAUUCGUUUACUUCAAACUUUCCAUGGGCUAGUUGCCAAGAUAAUUGGGACGACUAUCUUACUUCAAGAAACAUAUCCUGUAUAGACCAAUUAAGUAAUGAAACUAUAACUGGUGACACGAUAUCUUCUUCUGAAAUGUACUUUAGGAGAGAAGUUUUAAAAGAAAAAGAUGACAUCAGCGACGGUAUUGGAUUACCAGAUUGGAAACUAACAAUUUUGGUGUUACUCACUUGGAUAAUAACUUUUCUUGUAUCAGUUAGGGGAGUUAAAAGUUCAGGAAAAGCCUCAUAUUUUCUUGCAAUAUUUCCUUAUGUUAUUAUGUUCAUCCUCCUAAUUAGAGCUGCUACAUUGGAUGGAGCUCUUGAGGGAAUGCUAUAUUUUAUUGAAGCCGAUUUUACCAAGCUUUUAGAAGCUGAGGUUUGGUAUGCAGCUGUAACUCAGUGUUUUUUCUCGCUUGGAGUUGGAUUCGGUUCAAUUAUUACUCUUUCAUCAUAUAACAAAUUUGACCAUAAUAUCAAUAGAGAUGCACUUGUGAUUACAACGUUGGAUACUUUUACUUCGCUAUUAUCAGGUUUUACCAUUUUUGGAAUCCUUGGAAAUUUGGCGCAUGAAAUGAAUAUACCGCCAAGUGAAGUUAUUUCUGCUGGUGGGGGUACUGGUUUGGCUUUCAUUUCCUAUCCAGAUGCUCUUGCUAAAUUUACAUUUGUGCCUUGGUUAUUUUCCAUUACAUUCUUCUUCAUGCUAUUCGUUUUGGGAGUUGGAAGCUUAGUUGCUACACACGCAACACUGAAUACAGCAAUUAAAGACUCUUUUAACCUGGCUGAUUGGAAAAUAGCUGGCAUCACAGCCGGGGUACUUUUUUUUGUUGGACUGAUUUAUAUAACACCAGGAGGACAAUAUACCCUGGACUUAGUAGACCAUUUUGGAGGAACCUUUGUAACAUUUGUUUGUGCUAUUUUAGAAGUUUUUGCCAUUUCUUUUCUCUACGGAAUUGAAAAUCUUUGUAUCGAUUUAGAAUUUAUGACGAAGAAGAAAGUUGGGUUGUAUUGGAGACUGUCUUGGGGAGUAGCGAUGCCUCUGUUACUACUAGUAAUUUUUAUUUACUUUGUAUCAACUUUAAAACCUCUUGUUUAUGGAGUUUAUAGUCUAUACUAUCCAACAGGACUUACAGUGUUGGGGUGGAGUAUUCUUGGUUUGGUCAUCCUACAAAUAUUGGGUUGGCUUCUAUACUUUUUAAAUAAAAACGCAAAUUGUUCCAUAAAAAAGAUGUUUAAAGAUACGUUUUCUACUGAAAAUUGGUCUCCAGAAGAUCCGAAAUUGAAAGAGGAUUGGAAAAAGUUUAGAGAAGAUAAAAUUAUUGAAAGAGAUCUACAGAAACACUCUUGGAUUAAAAGAAAAAUGAAAGUAUUAACUGGAUGGUAA